AUGACCAAAUUACGAAUUGCUGUUCAGGGAUGUUGUCACGGUCAACUGAACCAGAUAUACAAAGAAGUGUCACGACUCCACGCAAAGACUCCCAUUGAUUUAUUGAUUAUUUUAGGAGAUUUCCAAAGCAUCCGUAAUUCUCAAGAUUUCAAAUCAAUAAGCAUACCUCCCAAAUACCAAAGGUUUGGUGAUUUCAUAUCAUACUACAACAAUGAACUCGAAGCCCCAGUUCCUACAAUUUUUAUUGGCGGCAACCAUGAGUCAAUGAGACACUUAAUGCUUCUACCACAUGGUGGUUAUGUAGCAAAAAACAUUUACUAUCUGGGUUAUUCUAACGUUAUAUGGUUUAAAGGUAUAAGAAUAGGAUCGCUAAGUGGCAUUUGGAAAAAGUGGGACUUUAAUAAGCAACGGCUAAGCUGGAAUGAUCUGGAAAGCGAUGAUUGGAAGACUAAUAUAAGGGCCCUGUAUCAUGUACGAUUGUCAGAUGUUGCUCCCCUUUUCAUGAUCAGGCAUCGCAUUGAUGUUAUGCUGAGUCACGACUGGCCCAGCGGUGUCGUAUAUCAUGGUGAUAUAAAACAUCUAUUGAAGUUUAAGCCUUUUUUUGAACAAGAUAUUCAAAAGGGUGAACUGGGCAGUCCAGCGACUUGGCAGCUGUUGAGAGAUUUGUGCCCUCAGUGGUGGCUGAGUGCUCAUUUGCACGUCAGAUUUCAAGCUUCUAUCAAACACAAUAAGAGGAACUCUCAAUUACCCAAUCGAUCAACCUCGAAAAUAAAAAAAAACUCCAACGAAAUCGACCUGGAUUUGUCCAGCGAUGAUGAUGAAAAGCCGCCUGCUGUGGCAAAAAGUGAGGAAAAGAGCGAACCUAGCUUGAAGUACGAUGAGACACGGUUCCUAUCACUGGACAAAUGCCUACCCAGGAGACGCUGGUUAGAAAUAGUGGAGGUAGAGCCGGAUAAAUCGCACAUUUCGUGGAAAGACAAAGACCAUUGUAUGUUUUGGGAUCCGGAAUUCAUUAACAAUAUAAAAAUAUGGGAACGAAAUGAAGAUGCUCUACGAAAUAAAUCGUUUGACGAUAUCAAUUGGAUGGGACUAUCUCAAUCAAAUGGAAAAGAAGACAUCGAAAUCGAAUGGGAAAAGUAUGCUGUUCCUGAAUACACUUUAGAUAUACAAAAAGAUGAGAUAGGGCAGACUAAAUUAUUCGCCGACAAAUUUUUAGCUUAG